AUGUCAGAUAAAGUUGCAGUCGAAAAUUCUAAUAAGAUUUCCAACGCUCUUCGAGCAUUGGAAAGCAAGAAUCCGCCAAAGCAAUUGACCAGUCAACCUACAAUUGAGGUAAGCAGCGCCAAAAAGGACCCCACGCUUUACACUACAGAUGAUGGUGAGUCGUACUCCACAGUAGAUAGAGCAGUAAGUACGGUUCCGCCACCUGCAACCAAAAAACCUACAGAUGAACAGUUGUUUGACCAGUACACCGGACUCCCAAACGUUCAAUUCCUCAAGGACCAUUUCAUCAAUGAAGGACGUCUAAGAAUUCCACAGAUCCUCAGAAUUUUGGAGAUGGCUAUUAGGGCGUUGUCUGCGGAGCCAAAUUUGCUUGAAGUUCCUGCACCAAUAACGGUCUGUGGUGACGUUCACGGACAGUUUUUCGACUUGAUGAAGCUUUUCGAAGUUGGUGGAGAACCCUCCAAGACCAGUUACCUUUUCCUUGGAGACUAUGUGGAUAGAGGUUCGUUUUCUAUAGAGUGUCUCAUCUACUUGUACUCGUUGAAAUUGAACUAUCCAGACUCCAUUUGGCUUCUUAGGGGAAACCAUGAAUGUAAGCACCUAACCGAAUACUUCACAUUCAAGCUGGAAGUGUUGCAUAAGUACAAUAUGGAUGUCUACGAGUCAUGUCUUGAACUGUUCAACGCUUUGAGUUUAGCAGCUAUAAUGAACAAGCAAUUUUUCUGUGUGCACGGUGGAAUAUCCCCUGACCUUCAGUCAUUAGACGAUAUAGUCAAAAUUAACAGGUUUAGGGAACCACCCACAAAGGGAUUAAUGUGUGAUUUGCUUUGGGCUGAUCCUGUGGAAGAUUACGACGAAAAAGAUGAAGAGGAGGAUCGCCAUGGCAAAUCAUUUAUCAGGAAUUCGGUUAGAGGCUGUCUGUACGCUUUUACUUAUAAGGCAUCAUGUGAAUUUUUAGAAAGAACUGGAUUACUUUCCAUUAUCAGAGCACACGAGGCUCAAGACAUGGGGUAUAGAAUGUAUAAGAGAACGAAAACCAUGGGAUUCCCUUCUUUAUUGACCAUGUUCAGUGCGCCGAAUUACUUGGACACUUACGGUAACAAGGCUGCUGUUUUGAAAUAUGAAAAUAAUGUGAUGAACAUAAGGCAGUUCAAUUCAAGCCCACAUCCUUACUGGUUACCAAAUUUCAUGGACGUUUUCAGCUGGAGUCUACCUUUCGUUGGAGAGAAAGUCACUGAUAUGUUAGUAAGUAUAUUGAACAUUUGUACCGAAGAGGAAUUAGGUGAGGAUACUAGCUUAGCUUUUGAUCCAGUUGAGGCAGCAAAGAGCAAUUCUGCAAUGGCUCCAGGUAGAAAGGCACCUGCAGUUUCAUUUGUCGAGCCAACCAAACCAACACCUGUAGGACCACCACAACCAAAAGAACCAAUUUCAGAAUAUGAAGCCAAGAGAAUCGCUCUCCGUAAUAAAGUCAUUGCCAUUGGACGUGUAUCACGUAUGUACUCUGUUCUUCGUCAAGAGUCUGAAAGCGUUGCUCAUCUUAAGUCUCUUAAUGCUGGUGUCCUUCCUAAGGGAUCACUUCUCCACGGCUCUGAAGGUCUCAAAAGUACAAUUUCAUCGUUUGAAGAGGCCAAGAAAGCUGAUCUUAAGAAUGAAGCGCUUCCACCUAGUUCUAAUGAAAUCAAAAGGCGUGAAGAGGAAAAGUCAGAGUUAUUGAAAAAAGAAAUUGACAAUGCACAGAACAACGGUCCUGUACUACAAAGGCUUAUAAGAAGGUUGUCACAAAGUUAA